UCCUAUGUUUUCGGUUAUGUUGUGUCAAAAUUUGGAGACAUCGAGACGAAGUGAGGUCAUCAUUACCUCCAAAUAUGGAAAACUGCCAAUCCCAUUCCCAAAAUUUUCUCACUUUUGUUACCAACGUAACCCAUCACAACAUGGGUCAUGGAGGUUCCCAUCAUUUCAUCCUCCAUCUGGCUUCCCUAGGGUCUCCUAAUUUCCUCUGGAGCCCUAGAUUUUGCUGGUUUAUCCUCCUUCGAUUUCAGAGCCCUCAUCUGCAGCUACAUGUUCAGCUUAAUUAUUUUUUGGGUACCAUCUCAGUAGUGUGGAACCUGGCCCAUCAAUCUAAUGGGGUUGAAAUAUACAAAGCAGGGAACACCAAAACUUGAGAGCUCGAGCAUACAUCAUCAAAUGAUCAAUUACCUUACCAAGAAUUUUAUUCGUAACUUGGUAUCCAAGCAACGUAGAAGAAUGCUUAUAGCUGGUUAUGAUCUUGACAUGUCAUAUAUCACAGAUCGAGUAUUAGCAAUGUCAUUUCCUGCACAACGUAUGCGAGCAGUGUAUCGAAAUCCUCUAUGGCAGGUCAAGUCUGUGUUGGACAUGAGACAUAAUGAACAUUAUAAGAUCUAUAAUCUCUGUAUAGAAGAAAAUUAUGAUCCAGCUCUCUUCUAUGGACGCGUGGAAGCAUACCCCUUUGAUGAUAACCAUGUUCCAUCUCUUGAAAUGAUCAAAGAUUUCUGUGAAAGUGUGGAGUCAUGGCUGGCAAGUGACCCAAAAAACAUUGCUGUUAUCCAUUGCAUGGCAGGAAAAGGUAGAACUGGAUUAAUGGUAUGUGCCUACCUAACUUAUUGCGGCAUGUCAGCAGAAGAGGCUCUUCAAUUGUAUGCAGAUAGACGAACAACCAAUAAUGAAGGAGUAUCAAUACCAAGCCAACGUCGUUAUGUGACAUACUGGGAAAGUCUACUUUCUAAUUCUGUCCCUAGGGGAACUGGAAAUGGACCACGAGAUGUGAACUUGCCUCAACCAUGUAGCAGAGAAUUGCGGCGAAUCCGGCUAUAUGAUACAGUCAACAUAGACUCAAUAUUCUUUGUUAUCUCAGAGCUACACGAGAUUCCUAAUGAGGUGUAUCGUCCACCAGUGGAAGCUUACCGUGGCUACUGUAGACAGGUUAAGAAAGGAUAUCAGAGAAACAACAGCCCUCGCUAUUAUAUUUCAAUUCUUGAAGGUGAUAACGAUGGAAUGCAAUCAGAAACGGAAGAACCUCGCAUUGUCGUUCAGAUGGACACAGAGUCUCCUGCAAUAUACCAAAAAUCAUGUUUGGACCAUUAUUUUGAUAAACCUAUACAAGUAACUGGAGAUGUACGUGUCAUAUUCUACGAGAAAAUGAUAGGAGGUCGCCUUUUCUACUGCUGUUUCAAUACAGCUUUUAUUAGGAACAGCUUACUACAGCUCACAAUACAAGAGUUGGACAAAGUUGGUAACAAGGGAAAAUCAAUAUGUGGCCCUGACUUCUGCCUAGAGUUGUUGUUUGGUCCUGCUAAUGCAGGAUAUUCAUCGUCAAGUAUAUCCAAUGAUGAACAUUCUAGUGAUGAUUCCUUAUAAAAAAAAUUUCUCGUAUCUUUGCAUAAUAUGAAAGGCAACGUCCAAUUUACUGCUGUAACAUAUUCCUGCAAAAUGAACCCAACAAUGAGUCCCUUGGUGUAUGUAGUGAGUGCACUCAUUCCUCCACUGUCUUGACGUCUAAUUUUUCCAUAGGCGAAAGGCAUGAGGAGUAGGUGCAAAUUUUGUAUUAUGUUAGUGAUUGAGUAGCAUUUUGCAGAAGAUGAGGUUGAGAGCAUUAUAAUACGAAAGUUUACCAAUUCUCUUGCUGGAUAUAAUUUUCAAUGCUUUAACAAUUUGAAGAA